GAUCAGUUCUGUUGCAGUUUCGUUUAGUUCCAGGCAGAAUGCGGGCUGGGAAACUCUACAUUGUGAUGUUGCUGACCACAGUGGCGUGCUUUGGACAGAAAACAGAGCUGCCCCAGACUACACUCACCCUGGAACCUCCAUUCCCAGAGAUAUUCACCGGGGAGACAGUUACUCUGAGGUGUGGGGUUGAGGGGGGUUCUGCUGGCUGGAAAUAUCUCUGGUACAAAGACAGUGAGGACACUCCAGUGCUCCAGACUGCUGUCCGCAGUAUAACUGGUGACAGCUGCACCAUCACUGCAGCUGCUGUAUCUGACCAGGGCCAGUACUGCUGUCGAGGACAAAGAGGAGAUCAGCCACUCUACUCACAGCUCAGUGAUAAAGUAAUAUUAGCUGUGUCUGAGGUUUGUCCCAAGGCUGUCCUGACCCUGCAGCCUGCCGGGGCACAGAUAUUCACAGAAGAAACAGUCACCCUGAGGUGUGAGGUGGAGGGGGGCUCUGCUGGCUGGAGGUUUAAACAGUACAGAGAUGGACGUGAAGAGGCAUUGUGCACUGAUCAAUACAGUGGGAGAAAUGGUGAUCGCUGCAAAAUCACUUAUGCUAAAGAGUCCCACGGUGGAGUGUACUGGUGUGAGUCUGGACAGGAGCGCAGUAAUGCUGUCACCCUAACUGUAUCCAAUGAAUGGGUGAUCCUGCAGACUCCCCCCCAGCCUGUGAUUGAGGGAGACUCUCUGACUCUGAGGUGUCGUGUCCGCACAGGUUAUACAACUACCAGGGUUACAUUUUAUAAGGAUAAUAAAGAGUUACAGUCCCAGGCUGGCACAGAGCUGAGUGUGAAUCGUGUUUCAAAGAGUGACGAGGGGUCCUACAAGUGCAGAGCGUGGAGCUCCGAUUACUCUGCAGAGGUGCGGGUGUCAGUGAGAGAGCUGCCCCAGACUACACUCACCCUGGAGCCUCCAUUCCCAGACAUAUUCACUGGGGAGACAGUCACUCUGAGGUGUGGGGUUGAGGGGGGUUCUGCUGGCUGGAAAUAUCUCUGGUACAAAGACAGUGAGGACACUCCAGUGCCCCAGACUGCUGGUCGCAGUAUAACUGGUGACAGCUACACAGUCACUGCAGCUGCUGUAUCUGACCAGGGCCAGUACUGCUGUCGAGGACAAAGAGGAGAUCAGCCACUCUACUCACAUCUCAGUGAUAAAGUAAUAUUAACUGUGUCUGAUGGACAAGUGAUCCUGCAGACUCCCUCCCAGCCUGUGUUUGAGGGAGACUCUCUGACUCUGAGGUGUCGUUUCCGGAGUUAUACAGCUACCACGGUUGCAUUUUAUAAAGAUAAUAAAGAGUUACAGUUCCAGGCUGGCACAGAGCUGAGUGUGAAUCGUGUUUCAAAGAGUGACGAGGGGUCCUACAAGUGCAGAGCGUGGAGCUCCUCCCAUUACUCUGCAGAGGUGCGGGUGUCAGUGAGAGAUCUUAAGGGACAGGACUGUCUGCAGACCAGUUCCAUCUAG